AUGUCGUAUAACGGCUACAGUCAAUACUCUCCCUACUACCAGCAGCAGCAGCAGAUUUCUCAGCAGCAGCCUCCCUACCAACAAAAUCCAAAUUCAUUUCCUCAAGAUUCGCGAAUGAGCGAUUCAUACUCUUCCGCCCAAUACCAACCGUUGAGCGCAUAUCAAAGCAAGACCGACCAUCAGAAGCAGCAAUCUCAAGGUUAUGAGACCGGUGUGAAUAAUCACGCCACGGGCUACAGCAGUCAAAGUUCUGGCCAUUUAGGAACGUCGAGUGGAGGGACUCAAGGUCGCCUAGAUGCAUACGUGAGCAGUGGCCCAGACACUACAGCCCUUGGCAAUCUGGCGUAUGCAUCAAGCUUGGGUCAAGGCCAGAACCAGAGCCAGAAUCAGUCGUCUUUAUCGCAAUUAAUCGACUCGAAUCGCGCUAGGAAUACAAGCAAAUACGGGAACAGUUCGCCGGUUCCCCACAAUCACCAAAGAGGUGGCAGCGGGGGAUUUCAAGGUCAUUCUGAUCAGCAAGCGCGGCAGUCUCAGUCGUCUCCAGUCCAAUACCAGGUCCCCCAUGCCCAACCAUCAUUCUCUGGUCAAAAUAAUAACGUAACCAACGCUGGGCGGAGUAGUCCUGCGCAAUAUCAGUAUUCAGCGCCACCGCAGCAGCAGUCUUCACAGACUUACCGUCAGUAUACUCCACAGGUUUCACGUCCGGCAAGUGGGCAAGCCAUCCAGCGGCCAACCUCAGGACUUGGUAGGCAAAAUGCUCAAUCUACACCAAUUCCUAACAACCAAGCCCAUCAAUCGAGCAUGCAAGUAAAGACGGGAUACCAUCACGGACUGCCUCAAAGCUCUACUAUGCAACAAUCCCAUCAACGCCCAUCAUCAUCGAUCUCCUCGGCUAACCCUGCUACGGCGUCUCCUAAACCAAUUGAUCAGGCGCCGAAAGCCAACUCAUCAGCAAGAAGUGCGCGUCAAACAGUUGAGAGUGGGAAAAAGAAUUCUAAAAAACCGUCGAAGAAGCAGACACAGCUCAGUUCUGGAGCCAACGGUAGCGCGACUCCACAACCUCCCUCGAUAGAUGACCAACAUCCCACAACUGUGGACCCGAACCAGGUAUUUAACCACUACGAGUAUCAGCGGAGACAGGAGGAAGCCGAAGCCGCACGCAAGGCUAAGGUACAGAACGCAUCCACUGCAGGCUCCAAUCCAUCAAUGGCAGUCUCUCCGGCGGUAGAUGAUGUGACCCAAGCAGCACAGGCUUUGAUGGGUCAAAGCACGUCCAAAACCGACUCGACUGCAACGAAGGAACAGAUCGAAUUGGAGAUGAAACAAAUGAUAGAAAAGAUGCGCGAUUACAAGGCUAAAGAUCCUGGCUUAUUUUCGCAAGUCUGGGAGGAGGUUAAAAAGGGACAACCUGCCCAAGCCCCUACGUCUCGCACAAGUCAAAGUGGUCCCGCAGCAUCGCCAAUAGUGAAUGCACAGACGAUAAGCCCCCAGCAGACAGAUCUACCUGCCGAAUCUGAUCUCCCUGCUGCUUCGAUUCCGGCAGAAUUCGAUCGCGGACGGUAUCCAAUGCUUCGCAGGAAAAGAGGCAACGCCUUCUUCACACCCGACAAGGCUUCAAACAGCAAAAGAAAAUCUACAGGAUCUAGUGCCCAAAUCAUAGACCUAGAGACUUCCGAGCCGUUGCGUCCAAAUUCGAGCGAAAGGCGACCCCAGCAAUCAAGUCUUUCCCAGGAAGUCUCUGCCUCUAAUGUCGCGCAAGUACUUAAAGCAGGAACGAGAUCGCCUUCAGCCGCUCAAGCUGGCAGACCCUUACCUGUCGGCAAGACUCACUGGCCAGAACACAAGAAGAGAGCACUGGCAGACGCAGCUCGCCAAGCACUGAUCGCUUCGCCUCAAAAUGCCGGAAAAGGUAUAACGACCGACGAGAUUCAUGCGCUGUUAGAUGGAAACCCUAGUUAUUACCAGCUCUGCGAACAUCUCGAAGGCAAAGGUUUCGUAAUAGACCGGGGGUCAUUUGCUCGAACUUUACUAACGGCGAUUCCGGAUUUGAGUCAGAAUGCACAGCAGACAGUCAACCAACCUCCAGGACCAAUUCCAACUGCAAUUCCACCCUUCCCAGUCCCAAAUGGCUACGUUCCCUCUCCAGCUUCUCGAACAGCAAAUUCAUUCCAGGCGCCAGUUGCAAACAUGCAAGGAUCGGGACCUUUUGGUAUCGUCUCCCCUGUACCAGCAGCAAGUGGGCAAUCACCAUUGUCGGUUGAGGUCAAGCCAGAGAUAAGCUCUGCGGCUCCGCAGAGUAAAGAAGAGAAGGCGAAGAAAAGAAACUUCGGUGACAUCGUAGAUUUAUCCAUUCUAUCUGAUGAAGACGAGUUUAUUCGCCACCGUCCGAAGCCUCGAGUCGAACAAUCUAAGCCUGCCUUACCCUCUCAAAAUAUGCUGAAGGAACCUACCAGGCCAUUUUCCAAUCAAUCCUUAAAUCAGAAAUGGGGACUCCCUGCACCCGAGCUCAACCAGCAACGUGGAGUAAAACCUUAUAAUUUCCAAGAACAAUAUACUGGUCCACAGCGAAGCAAAACACAACCUUCCGGAAAGGAGGACUUACUAUAUGAGAAAGUGGUCGAGCCAAUGAAUAGGCGAAGAGAUGCUUUACGUAGAUCAAAUUACGACCCGAGGACGAUUUGUCGAGACAUAUUACUGGCCUCCGGCAGACAUCCUACAAUGCCCUCGCUAAACAGCCAUCUCGACGGCCUAAGCGAGCGGUUCGUAAGCGUUGACGUCAAUGCAGAUCUUUCGACAUUCCGUUGGGAUCUUGUUGACCCUGGAGGUCCAGCUCCACCAAAGCCGAUAUCUCAGCUCGCCAAGCAUGAAGAUCAAGAUACCGGUGGGAAGGAGAGCAGUUUAAGGGAGUCAGCUAUGUCUGCCCCAAAGAUGCGCCCAGUCGUCGCAGUUGGUCAACGUAACCGUCCAGACUUCUUUUCACAGCCUAUCGGAAGUGGUGAAGUUCCAGUUGUUCGGAGACGUGGUAGGCCGCCUAAACAAUCCGGAACCAAGAGCCACCAAUUUGGAGAACAGCAAUUCACACAAGGCAAUCAUUCAACGUUGGCGCCUAUUCAAAUGCCAUCGUUCAGUACAACCUCAAGACAAUCAGUAGGGCCAAUUGACACUACCACCUCUCCCUAUUUCUCAGCCGCUACAGCUUCAGCUCAUAAACCACCGAGCGAUCAAACAUCUGAGACAACUCCAUUUCGUGUUCCAGGUAGGAAAGGACGACCACCAGGUGCUAAGAACAGGAAUCCACGAAGUGACAAGGGCGUCUCGAAAAGAAAAUCUCAAGCGCACGAGUUACAACAGCCACUCGAGCCUUUCAUCACCGCUUCAUUGGAUCAGGUGAAGAGUGAGGCAUCAACUCCGACGAGGCUGCAUGGUCAGCAAAGUGAGAUCACGCCAACCUCAAGUCGCAUAGCCAUCGUUGUCCCGACCCGCUCCCCCAGCAUUUCUAACCCAGAUUCUGGCCGAAAAAACAGCAUAGAGCAAGGGAAAAAUGGUAAGCGUCCAUCCUCCCCUUCUUACACAGUCUACAAAUGCCACUGGGAAAGGUGUCCUGCAGAACUACAUAAUAUUGAGAUCCUGCACAAACAUGUUCGCAAACAACACCGAGAAAGACUUGGAAAAGGCCCUUGGGCUUGCAAAUGGGCUGACUGCUCCGUCCAAUUGAGUAGUGCCCAUCCCAACCAGGUCGGAGAAGACGACGAGUUAGCAGCGGUUCAACGCCUGAUGUUUGAUAACGAAGAUGCGUGGGAUGACCACGUGGAGGAGAAACAUCUGAGUCCUUACGCGGAAGAUCUCAACGGAUUUAUGGAAGAGGAACAGGCAAUGAAUAAUCACAAAGUGGAUGGAGAGAGUGUAACACAAGGGGCCAGAACCUUAGCAGCGAAGAAGAAGGCAAUUGGCGGCAUGGGUAUCUAUAAGACAGGGGUGAAGGUGGCAAAUGAUGUGAAGCGACGGAUUAUGGCCGACGGUGAACGUGAUAGUGAAGAGGGGGCCGAGGAGGUGCAAGAAGGUACUAAUAGCGAGAAUUAA